GGCUUUUUACCCGACGAUGUUACUUAAAUUCAAGUAUUUAAGCUAUGUUGAAAAAAGUAUGACAUCGGUCUUAUGUAGCAGUCAUAUUUAAAUAUUUCAAUAUAUCAUUGUUCCCAAUUAAACUAGGAUGCAGCACUUCUGGAGUUGCUAGAUAUCGAAUUGACGGAAUAAUUAAAUGCAUUUAUGUCAAACGAAAGCAACACUUAAACCAACCCAUCCAGCAAAGUCUUGUGAAUCUCAGUAUAUUCGUAGCUGCACAGUACCACUCGAUGAUGUUAUGCGUAAUGCAGAUAACCUUACCAAAUCUGGGAAUAACAGUUUUUCGGAUCCUCCUACACAAAUUUCCUCCAGCGAUCCAAAUAUUAGUGACUCCAUGAAUGAGGUUCAAAGUCAAGUUACUAUCCUAAAGUCAAAUAACCAAAUCCAGUCAAUUUCAAAAGAAGACAAAGAACAGUCCGAUGUUAGCAAAAAACUGGUUGAUUCUGGAAGUCAUUUGAGCGACUUGACUUUACAAUGUAUGGAUAAUUACUACGAUGAUGAAGAUGAUGAUGCCUUGCUGGUAAGGGAGUUCAACCAAGAACGCACAGGAUUUGAGGGUAGUCCAGGUGAUUGCGAAUCGGGAGACUAUGAUAUUGGAACGUUUGCCCUUACGUUAGUCGGUGAUAGAGCGAGCAAAGAAGAGUCCAUCCCUCUUUUUGCACGCUAUCGACCCUCCCCACCUCCUCCACUUUCGCGAGGACAAAUACUAUUUACUCCAAACUUACGUAAUCAGUCGUUAGAGCUUUCACAACAACCGUCAAGGUUUGUAAAUUCGGAGUGCCUUCCACCACAGAUCAAAGGGUAUUCUCAACUUCACACGAGUGAUUUGGAAACUGUCGACGAUAAUAUCAAUCCAUCUGGUCGCAGGUGGUUGUCUGAGGAUGAAGCUUGUGAUGUCAACCAGAUUUUAUAUCAUCGUGUUAUAGAGGAACCUUCUCCUUUUGUUGGUUUGUCUACAACGUUGUCUCCUACGGCACUCACGUUGGACACGGGUGUUAUAACUUCCUCAUCUCUCUCUCUGUCUUCAUGCUUAUCCAGAGUGGCUGCAGAUGACCAAGUUUCACUUCGACUUACUACUUCAUCUAGUACAAGGGAUAGUGCUAGUACUAAUCCUGUUAAUAGUCCACCGUUACAGGCUUCAACGACAUCAACUUCAUAUGGUCAACUUAGUCAACCUAUUUAUGAUAGCCGACCGCUUGCCUCUGCUACUCAUGAUUCAGACCCAGUAAUUUCUUCCUGUUCCAAGAUGACUUUCCCCUCUUAUAUACCAGAUGACCCUUCUAUUAGCGCUCGUCAAAGACUGAUGGGAGCCUCUGCUGCGGCAGCUAUCUUGGCUGCAUCAGCAUAUGCUGCACAAAACUAUCCUACAAAAAUGAAUGACUAUAGGGACGUGGUUAAUUUAAAGGAGCAGGAUGUGGCUCAUUUACGUCAAUUACCACAACAUUCAGCACUGGUUGGUAACCUCUCUCUGAAUUCAUCGCUUCUACAAAUCCAAUCAAGCUCACACACUGCUUUGUCUUCCCUCAGACGCCGUGAUCCUUGGUCCAUACCUUUAAGAAAAAUGUCUGUAAAUCUGAUACAAACCUACAAACACAUAAACGAGGUGUACUAUCGUAAAAAGCGACGACUCCGUGAACAACAACGUCAAACAACUGUGGCUUCUGUCUCAGUUCCCGAUGCACCUUACUUCCAAAAAUGUCACUCACCUGAACACAAUCAGUUCCUCAAUGAUCACUUAGAUUCAUUUUGGAGGAUGCAGGGUAGCAGUGAAGCAUGUGUCGAAGCACAACCAAUGUAUGAUCAUGGUACUUUAGGUGGUAUUACUAGGACUACAGAACACCAAUCAUUCUCUUCAGGUGUUGCAGUUCAACAUAGUUCUGCAACCGUUAACAAUGUCAUAAACGUGGUUACAAGUUACAAUGUAGGUUCAGUUGUUUACCCACAAACUCUUCCAUACAACAAUUCUGUUAUUUCUUCCAAAAGCUCGCCUCAUCCUCGACAUCAGGCUAUACCGAAUAUACUUCGAGUGAAUUCAGAUAAGAUAGUACAGCCUUGUCUGUAUGAUUCAACUACGUUAAAUGGAGUAACAAAUCACUUUUCUACACUCGACAUUUCAGAGUCUAUUUAUGACACGGGUAAUUCACAAGUAGACUCAAAAUUUAUGCCUGUCACCAAUAAUAUUUGGCUACCACCAAGCAGUACUUGUGCAAUGGUUCUUAAGUCAUCUACUCAAUCUGCAGCACAUAUUUCUAAACCGCUCCUACUAGAAAGUGAAAAGUCGGCGAUUUUUAAUCAAAGGGAUCCACAUGUUUCAACUAAUCAGAAUGAUACUGAGCUACAUUCCUCCUAUACGCAGCACAUAUUCCCAUAUCAAUCUUUUCUACCGUCAAAAACAGACCUUCCCACAUAUAUGGAGAGAAGUCCAUUAUCUCUAGACAACAAUAUCCAUUCCAAAAGCUCAUCUCAAAUUCCUCUAUGUCUUUUUCCAACAACAGAAACUGGGAAUACCAGUGUUACAACAGCUGAAGGAUUUUAUCAUAAUCAAUUCGAUGUAGAUAUUAUGAAACCAAUCAAUCCACAUCAUUCAAUUUCACUCCCGGUUGGAAAUUUCAGUUCCUCUAAUUGUACACAUAACAAUAGUUUAGGAUCAUCAGCCUGUUAUUAUAAUUUAACACCUCUUGACCCAAUAUCCCCAAAUGAUAAUCGAACACCUGGCAUGUUUUUGAAUACACAUCAACAUACUGCAAAUAUUUAUCCUACCAAUCAUAGUCUAAAUAAUAAUUUGGUUUCAACUUCCAUGACUUCACCUUCAUAUAUGUCUGGUUUUCGUCAACGUUUCGACCUCACAUCACAAAGCCAAGAUACAGUAGCAGAUCCAAGAACAUCGUCACAUGAUAACAUCCUUGGGGCUGUUAGCACUAGUUCAACUAGCCCACUUUUACCAUGCAUUUUUUCCGGUUACAUAUCCAAUCCAGUCCCAAUUACAUUAACUUCAUCUUCGAUAAACACGUACGACGCACGACCUCAUGAAGGCAAUGUAAACCAAUCGUAUCCCCUUGGUUUCUCUACCAAUGAAGUGUUGCAUUCUUCUUCGUAUGCACAAAAUGCUUUAUCGAAACCCACGAAUGUCACAUACGUAAAUCAACCUAUGUUUUUCAACUCGGCACUCUCAAAUCAGUUUGUUCAUCGUCCUGGUUUAACUCAAAUAGGAACCAAAGUGGUUACCACAAACCUAGGCAUUCCUGGGACAUCGACAACAGUUUUGUCAGCAACCAGUGGGACAGCACAGCAAUUAUCUGUUCUCUCUGGUUCGAACAAAAAUAAUAUGAAUAAUAUUAGUAGUAAUAGUACUGCUACUACUACUACUACCACCACUCAACAUAUAGAUCGUCGUCAUACGGAUAGCAAUUAUGACUACAUUGUUAGGCCCGGUGAGGUAUGGAUGGGACAAUACUUAAUUAAUAAUCUUAUUGGGAAAGGGUCAUUUGGUCAGGUGAUGAAAGCACAUGAUUGUAUUUCAAAUGAAGAUGUGGCUAUUAAAAUUAUCAAAAAUAAACGAGCAUUCACCAAUCAAGCUCAAGUGGAAAUCCGUUUACUACGUGAAAUGAAUCAUUUUGUUGAAGAAGCUGCUGAAAAUGGAAAAGAACCACCACCCGGAUCUAAUUUGAUUGUUCGUUUGCUCACUCAUUUCACCUUCAGAGGUCAUUUAUGUCUGGUUUUCGAAUUACUUUCCUACAAUUUAUAUGAUCUUUUGAGAAAUACAAAUUUUCAUGGUGUCUCAUUGGGUUUAACAAGAAAAUUUGCUCAACAAUUAUGCUGUGCAUUAGAUUUCCUAUCUAGACCUGAAUUACAAAUCAUACAUUGUGAUUUGAAACCGGAAAAUAUUCUACUUGUUAAUCCUAAACGUUCAACUAUCAAAUUAGUGGAUUUUGGAAGCUCUUGUCAUAUGAAUGAAAAAAUCUAUCAAUAUAUCCAAUCGCGUUACUAUCGUUCUCCAGAUGUUCUACUAGGAUUAGAUUAUACAAUGAGUAUUGAUAUGUGGUCUUUAGGAUGUAUUCUAGUUGAAUUACAUACUGGAGAACCAUUAUUUGCGGGACAAAAUGAAGUUGGACAAAUGAUGAAGAUUAUUGAGGUUCUUGGUAUGCCACCCCGGUUACUACUAGAAAAAAGUCGUCGUUGGCAUGUUUUCUUUGAACGAACAGUCGAUCGCACGUAUGUACCUAAAGCAGCAUGCCAACAACCAGGUAGUCGACGUCUCUCUGAAAUUUUGGGUGUCAAUACUGGAGGGCCACGUGGGCGACGUUUACAUGAAUCUGGUCAUACCCCCAUGGAUUAUAGCAUAUUCUUGGAGUUCGUACUUCGGAUGCUUACUUUCGAUCCAGCUCGACGCAUUAGUCCUGCUGCAGCAUUAGGUCACCGUUUUUUCCGACGUUCAAAUUCGAAUCCUGUGCCUUCUGGUGGCAACUUACCAUUAUCGGGUCAAUGUGAUUCAAUUUCGAACGUUCCAGUUGUAGUUUAUCCUCCUUCUAAUCGUUGGGCCAAUUUUAUUGAUAAUUCAACAUCUAAUCUAGUACAUACUCAUUUGAAUAAUUUACGAGUUCCUGGACACUCUGGCAUUGGUAUGGUCAAUCGAACAACUGAAGCUUUGGAACUUAUGCGAAUUCAACAACAACCCAUGCGGAGUGCAGUCACUGGUUCUGUUAUGGUUUCACAGCCUCGUUCCAUCCCAGUUAUAUCUAAAGAUGGUGUUAUAACACAAAUCCCUGAGCUUCUUUCACCUCUUCUACAUGGUUCUCAUGGACCAUUUCAUGUUCAUUCUAAUGCAGGUCCUCUACCUCUUCAAAUUUCUCGAGUCAAUCCAGCUACUCUUAUGCAAGGUCUUCAUUCCGUACCAAUGUUAAAUCAAACGCAUACUAUACCAGCCACUUCAAUUACAACUACUUUCACUGAUUCAACUCAUUUUCAUCAUCCAUAUUAUAUUGAAUCUGGAAUGUAUGCUUAUCCUCAACAACCUAUUCCAUUAACAUGGAUCAAUAGAUUAGGUGAACAUCAUUCAACUAGUUCUACUGCAUGUCUUACAUCUCCUGAUUUAAUGAAUGUAGCUUCUGCUUCUCCUGGAGUUUGGCGUUAAACUCUAAAGUGGAAAACAUAAACAAUAAUAAUAAUAAUAAUGAUAGGUUUGCUCAUGCAUUGAACAUUUUCCCUUAUUUCUUAUUCGCCUUAAAAAUUAGCCGUUCUGUGAUGCAAAUUCUCAUAUCCAAAAUUGAAAUUCAAUCAUUGGUUUUAAUUUCAAAUCAUGUAUAUGCAUCCCGACGAUACACAUGUUGGUGUAUGUAUGUGAUUGAUUCUCUACUAAUUUGAAUGUUACGACUACAUUUCUUUGCAUACUCUUUUCUUACCGGUUUUCUUUUCUUCUAGUGUACAGUGAUUGUUGUCUGUUUUAAGUUUUUGAUUCUUUUUUCUUUUUCUUGUUUUCUAUAAUUCGACUAUGUAAUUCUUGUGUAGUAAUUUGUGUUUUCUGUUCAAAUCUCAUCACAUUCUUUUUACUUUCUUUUGACUGUGAUUUUAUUGUAACACGCACACAUUGUACUACUUCAAUAUAAAUUUAUUUUUAUUUCAAACCAAUAAAAAAACUAACUAACUGACAUAUUUUCACAACUAAUGAAUGGUAUUGUAUACACAUAGACAUUAUGUAAUUCAUUCUAUUCCAAUUGAAUUUACUCUGCAUAGCCACUUACUCAUACUUAACAAAAUGACAUGUCAUAAUCUAAUACUUCUUGAUCUACGAGCUAUAAGAACUAUUCAUGUACAAUGUGUGUAUUUGAAUGCUUUGAAAUUUUUCAACUAACAAUUAUCGAGAAUGUGUCACAUUGAGAAUCAAACUUGCAUCAUUUUCUAUUUAUAUGAAUUUCUCCACUAUAAUUUAUUUAACACAUAUAUAUACAUAUUGACAUGUAUACACAAGUGUUGAGUAAAUGGAAAUAGAACAAAUUCUUUUACUUUUACCCUAAUCCUUAUAAUUUCUCAUAUUAUAGUGUCUUAGUUCACUUGUGCUGAAUUCAAUUGAUUGAUUGACUAAUCGAACAUGUUUCUUGAUAACUUAUUUCCCUUUUUUUUCUUUGAUUUUUAUUUCAAUUACAUACCACUUACAUUCCUGUUUUUGGGGAUAGAAACUAUUUGACAAGUAGAUCCCUUUUUUUUUUAAUGGAAACAAACAAAAACCCUAAUCAUUUCGUGAUAUGUAUGCUUUUUUUUUCCUGUCUAUAUUCUCUUCUAACCUUAUUGUGUAUAUCCAUGAAAUCCUCCUCGACUAUGAAUAUAUAUAUAUACUUGUCUGUAUGUGCACCUCUGUGUGUACAUUCUUUGUUCUAAAAAUAUACUAGUAAAUGAAUUUGAAACUGUUCAGGAAUAUCAACUGAUUAUUUCUCAUACAAUACAAAGGAGAUGCUUCUGUUUGAUUUGUAGUGAUUUUUCUCACAUUGUAAUUAUUAUUCAUAAAAUGUCGCUCCGGUUUUUUGGGAAGGGGA